AUGCUUCCCCGCACACCUCGCAUGGAAAGAAGAGAAUGUACAGUGCUCUUCUCAGCUGCCCUAUCCACCCUCCUGACCACAUAUAUAUCGAAUGGUAUGUACAUCUUGAGAUUGGGUUCAAUAAGCAACCUUGUUCCUAACCUUAGUUUGGUAGAUAUCGAAAUGAGCUCUCUUCAGAAUCACCCUGACGUUACCAACGAUCCGGUCUCAGGAGACGAGACAGUUGAGCAUGUCGCCUCUGAAGACGAGGAGGCUGGGGCCGAAGACACUCGUGUGCAACCCUGGAAAGGCUUCUGGCCACCCCCUCCUAGCGGCAAAUCUGGAUUCCCAUACGAUGUGAAGCCGGGCGAUAUUGUUACCAUCGGCGGCAACUAG